UUUAUUUUAUUUUAUUUAUUUUUUUGCAUUACCGGAAUGAUUAUGAGAAUUCCUGUGUCUUUCCGGAGAGACACACCUUCCCAUCUCUCCCACCCUGUCUGUCUGUCUCUCUCUCUCUGUAGGUUCAGUAUCGUGAGACGUUCGUCCUCUGCUGUUCUCUGUUCUAGUCAGCAUUGAAUCGGGACGUCUGGAUUCGACUCAUCUUGAUAAGAUUCAUUUUUAAUCUGGACUUAAGUUUGUCUAAGAUCCACCUUGAUUUUCACAAACUUUCUUCUUUGACAGCAGGACUCACAGAAGGGCCGUCGGUCUUGAGUAAACCCGAGAUUGACCGGCGGGACAUGAGCGUUCCUCUGCUGAAAGUCGGUGCGGUUUUAAGCACCAUGAUCAUGGUCACUAACUGGAUGUCCCAGACGCUGCCGGGGCUGGUGGGACUCGAUCCGCACAUCGCACGACCCGGAACCUCAGAGAAAAUCAUCAGCCAGGUGUCGUAUCCAGGUGAGGACGAGGGCUGGCAGGUGUACGGCUCCGUUCAGGGGAACUGCAUCUGCUCCAUCAUGACCCCGGCUCACGGCGUCUGCGGCGGAGACCCUCGACACGCACGUCUGCAGCAGAUCUCUGAUCAGGUGCUGAACGUCUCUCAGUACAUGGAGAUCCUGAACCAGCGGACGACUCAAGAUCUGCAGCACCUGAGAGACUCUGAGAUGCUGCUGGAGAUGCUGGAGAAAAGACUGAACAUAGCCAAUGAGGAGCCUCACAGCCUGACCAGCAAGAGCCUGCAGGAGCUGCGCGGGAGCGUGUCCCAGUGUCGCCCCCUGCGGGCUCUGAUGGGGCGUCUGCGGGCCGACGCGGGGCAGCUGGAGGUUCUGAAGGAGGAGCUGGAGAGGCUGAACGACUCUCUGUCCGCCCUGCAGGAGCGCUUCACUUUCCGUCACUAUCAGCAGCUGCAGCAGCGCGAGUUCGUCCUCCAGCGACACCUGCACUCCUGCUCCAGUCAGCUGGGUUGUGGUCGGCUGAUGGGCAUCAGCGCUCCGCUCACCAUCAGAUCCUCAGGAUCACGCUUCGGAUCAUGGAUGAUGGACAGUGUGAUCGAAAGCUCAGACAACCGCGUGUGGGUGAUGGAUGGUUAUUUUAAAGGCAGGCGUCUGGUGGAGUAUCAGUCUCUGGGUGACUUCGCUACUGGACAGAACUUUAUCAUCCAUCAUCUUCCUCACCCAUGGGCAGGUACGGGUCACGUGGUGUAUAACGGCUCUCUGUACUAUAACAAACACCACAGUAACGUGCUGGUGCGUUAUGAUCUGGCGUCCGGCGGCGUUCUCCAGCAGCGUCCGCUCGACCAGGCCGGAUUCAACAACACCUUCUCGUACUCGUGGGGCGGCUCGUCCGACAUCGACCUCAUGGCCGACGAGACGGGCCUGUGGGCCGUGUACUCCAGCAUCCCCCACGGCGGGAACGUGGUGCUCAGCCGCCUGCAUCCCGACACGCUGGAGGUUCUGCGCUCCUGGGACACGGGCUUCCCCAAACGCAGCGCCGGCGAGUCCUUCCUCAUCUGCGGCACGCUCUACGUCACCAACUCGCACCUGGCCGGCGCUAAAGUGCACUUCACCUUCCACACGGGCACGUCCUCGUACGAGUACACGGACAUCGCCUUCCAUAACCAGUACUCGCACAUCUCCAUGCUGGACUACAACCCGCGCGUGAGGGCGCUGUACACCUGGAACAACGGACACCAGGUGCUGUACGACAUCACGCUGCUGCACUUCAUCAGGACGAGCGCGGACGCGUGGGACACGAACGCACGCGACACGAACGCCACCGACUGAUCGUCUCUCAGCUGUUUCCCCAAACCCCACUGAACCUGCAUGACGGACGCAUGCGAAGCCCAGCUGAACUUUCACUCCCUUUCCCUUUUAUUUGCUAGAAAGAAAGAACACAAAACAUGGAAAUAUGCAUCUUCAGUUUCUGAAAGAUCAUCUGUGACCCUGGACCGCAAAACCAGUCACGAGUAUCACGGGAAUAUUUGUAUCAAUAGCCAACGGUACAUUUUGUGGGUCAAAAUCAUCUUUUUUUUAUGCCAAAAAUCAUUAGGAUAUUAAGUAAAGAUCAUGUUUCAUGAAGGUAUUUUGUACAUUUCCUAACGUAAAUACAACAAAACUUAAUUUUUGAUUAGUAAUAUGCAUUGCUAAGAACUUCAUUUGGACAACUUUAUAGGUGAUUUUCUCAAUAUUUAGAUUUUCAUGCACCUUCAGAUUUUUAGAUAUAAUAGUUGCAUCUCAGCUAAAUAUUGUCCUAUCCUAACAAACCAUACAUUUAUUGUAUACACCUCAAUUGUUAACAAAUGGACCCUUAUGGUUUUGUGGUCCAGGGUCACAUUUGUGAAAAACAAGCAACUGUUGUGAACUGCAUUUCUGUAUGUUCAUGUAAAUAAAAUUUAAUGAAUAAAAAAUA